AUGCCACUGGUCAACAACACGUCGAGGGAGCAAGAGCAGGCGAAGCAGCGCAAGGCGUAUGCGUCGCACUCUGCGGAAGAAGUGUGGCGGCAUAUCGUGCCGGUGCAUGAGCCGCGGAAGCCGGCGCCUGUCUACGCCGCCCUGCCUUCGGUAGCGGUGGUCGACGGGGUCUUUGACGACGUGAUGGAGGAGCUCUCGUUCUCCAAGACCCAGCGGAAGAUCAUUUUGACGGCAGUGGACACGCCUGUGGCCAAGUGGCACUUUUGCCAGCGCUUUGUGCCUGCCCGCCGGCUGGAGGCGCUGCUGGCGACUCAGACGGGCGCUGCUGCUGACGACGAAGACUCUGCGGCGGCGUACGUGGCGCAGCUCAAGGCGUCGCCGACGGUGGAGAUGGUCACUGCCAUCCGGGUCUCGCUCGCCUCGCAGCCUGCGUCGUGGGUUGCCGAGUUUGUGGCGCUUGAGGGCCUCGGCGAGCUUGUCCGGAUCCUGCAGGCGCUGGAGGCCAAGACCAACGAGCGGCGGUCGUCGCGCGACAUCCAGACCCAGGAGGAGUGCAUCCGCUCGCUGCGGGCACUGAUGGACAACAAAGAGGGCCGUGAGGCUAUUCUCACGUUCCCAGACGCGGUGCAGACCAUCGCCAUGGCGCUCGACUCGCCCAAGGUCGAGACCAAGACCAACGUGCUCGAGCUGCUCUCUGUCGUCACCGUCCUCCCGGCCCACAACGGGCACAAGCUUGCGCUGGACGCCAUGACGGCGUACCAGGAGCUCAAGUAUCCCAAGCUGCGGCGGUUCUAUCAGCUGGUCAACGCGUUCAAGCAAGAGUCGUCGGUCACCUUCCGCGUGGCGGCGAUGAUGUUCAUCAACACCCUCAUCGGCAUGUCCGAGGAUCUUGACUUUCGCGUCCACCUCCGGUCCGAGUUUGUGCGACUCGGCUUUGAGUCGAUUCUGGAGGAGAUCAAGGCGUCGGUAUCCGGCGGCCAGGAGCUUGACCACGACCUCGACAUCCAGAUCAAGGUCUUCCAGAGCCAGAUGGCCGACGACAACGAGGACCUGGCGUACCAGUACAACAUGGAGUCGAUCGACAUGACCGACCCGGAACAGCUGGCCAUGACCAUUCUCCGAGCCACCUCCAACUCUGACGCCUACUUUUUCGUCCUCUCCACCCUCCAGCACUUUCUCUCCAUGCCCGACGACGUCGACCAGCAGUACAAGCUCUGGGGCGUGGUCGAGAAGCUCGUUUCGCAGAUCGUGCUCCAGCGCGACGGGGUCGACCUCGACCGCGCCACCUUUAACAUCGACGUCCGCGAGCUCAUCUUUGCUCAGGAGAAGGCCGACUUGCUCGAGAAGGCUCUGACGUCUGCCAAGGACGCGACCGACAGGCUCGCCGCCGUCGAGGGUGCCGUCGCCAAGGAGCGCGCCGAGUUUGAGAAGCGGAUCGAGACGCUCUCGUCGCUUGUCGAGGCCCGCGACGCCACCAUUGCCAGCUUUGAUGCCAAGCACAACGCCGUCGUCUCUGAGCUCGAGGCGGCCAAGAAGGCCGCCGCCGACGCCGAGGCCAAGGCUGCGGCCGCCGAGGCCAAGGCGGUUGCCGCCGAGGAGGAAGCCGCCAAAAAGGUGGCUGCAGGUGCAGCUGCUGGUGCGGCUGUGGGUGCGGGCGCGGGUGCAGCCGUCGGCGCUGCGGGCGCGGGUCCGGCCGCCGCCGGCGCUAGCCCGGGCGCUGCGUCCUGGCCGAGCGAGGCCGAGUACAAUGCGGUUGUCGGCUCGCUUGAUGCAACCGCCAAGGCCAAGCUCGAGGGCCACGUUGCCAAGCUCGAGGCACGGAUCGCCGAGCUGGAGAAGGAGCUGGCUUCUGGCCCGCCGCCGCCGCCGGGCGCGCCUCCUCCGCCGGGAAUGCGGAUGCCGGCCAAGAAACGCAAGGCCAAGCCGGUGCCCAAGGCGUCGUGCAAGCUCAAGGGCGUGAACUUGUCGAAGAUUCCCAAGCGGCUCAUCGCCAAGACCAUUUGGAACGAUGUGGACGAGACAGUCCUGUUUGACCAGCUCGACCUCGGGAAGCUCGACGAGCUGUUUGGCAAGAAGGAUACACCAGCAGCGGCCAAGGUCGAGAAGCCCAAGUCGAGCAAGCCCAAGGACGUGAUGCUCCUCUCGCCAAAGCGGAGCAAUAACGUGGCCAUUCUGCUUGGGCGGUUCAAGCUCUCGUUUGCCGAAAUCCGGCAGGCGAUCAUGGCGCUCGACGAGGAGUCGCUCACCGAGCAGCAGACCAAGGCGAUUCUGGGCGUGGCGCCAACCGACGAGGAGAUCGGCAUUCUGCAGGGCUACACCGACGACCCCAAGGUGCUUGGUCGUGCCGAGCGAUUCUUCAUGCAGAUGAUCAAGAUCCCGCGGUUCCAGCCUCGGCUCAAGGCCUUUGUUUUCAAGCGUGGUUUUGACGAGGCCGUCGACGACGUGCGGCCGUCGCUUGACGCGGUCCUGACGGCGUGCAACGAGCUUGCCGAGUCCAAGAACUUCCAGGAGCUGCUCACGGUCAUCCUCGCCUUUGCCAACUACAUGAACAACGGCACGUUCCGCAAGGACAUGCCAGGCAUCAAGUGGGACAACCUGACCAACUUGACCGAGACCCGCGGAGCCGGCGGCGUCAACCUCAUGCAUGUCGUCGUCGAGACCGUCGAGACCAAGUUCCCGCACCUCCUCGAGGUGCCGGCCGAGCUCGCACAUGCCAAGAACGCCACCACAGUCUCGCUCGACGCCGUCGCCGGCGACAUCAGCAGCCUGCAGCGCUCGCUCGAUGCGCUCGGCAAGGAGCUUGAGGAGCACGUCGACGAGUACAAGACGCCCGGUGACAUGUUCCCCGAGAAGAUGCAGGCCUUUUACGAGUACGCCUUCCUCCAAAUCUCCGAGCUUCACUCGACAACCGAGAAGCUCAACGUCAAGUUUGAUACCGUCCGCGAGAUGUUCGGCGUCGACAAGAAGGUGACCAACGAGGAGUUCUUCAGCAUCCUCGCUACUUUCCUCGAGACCUUUACCAAAGCCCGGGCCGAGAACGCCAAGCGCAAGGCCGCCGCCGAGAAGCUUGCCGCUCGCAAUGCCGCGGGCGCGACGGCCGCGGGCGCGUCGUCGUCGUCUGCCGGCGCGUCGGCGGCGGCGUCGUCGUCCCGCCGGCGUCCGCCCGGCGCUGGCGGCCCGCCCAAUCUCGCCAUGGACGACCUCAUCUCGUCGCUCAAGUCCGGCGAGGCCCUCCUCAAGAAGCGCGAUCGCAAGCGGACUGGCAACCGCCGUAUGUCUAACGCCGCCGUCGCCGAUGAAGCCAAGGAGAUGUUUGCCAAGCUCAAGCUCAAGCGGGCCAAGGCCACGGGAGAUGCGUAAACGUCGACAGCCAA